AUGCACUUGGUCAAUGGCACUACAGCCCUGCUUACUGCAUUCAGGCGCCUAAUCAUCAGAGACGACGCUCAGGCUGCGUCCAAGUACAUCGCCGACUACAUUAUUGAGCGCAUCAAUACCUUCAAGCCCACCCCUGAGAAGCCCUUUGUUCUGGGCUUGCCGACGGGAAGCAGCCCUGUCGUCGUCUACCAAUAUCUUGUGCAGCGCCACAAGGCGGGCCAAGUCUCGUUUCGCAAUGUAGUCACGUUCAACAUGGACGAGUAUGUGGGCAUCCCACGUGACCAUCCCGAAAGCUACCACAGCUUCAUGUACAAGCAUUUCUUCUCGCACGUGGACGUGAAGCCAGGCAACAUCAACAUCCUCAACGGCAAUGCGCCCGAUCUCGAGGCCGAGUGCCAAAGCUACGAGGAUAAGAUUCAGCGCGUCGGCGGCAUCGAGCUGUUCCUGGGCGGCAUCGGGCCUGACGGGCACAUUGCCUUUAACGAACCCGGCUCCAGCCUCAGGUCGCGCACCCGGGUCAAGACGCUCGCCUACGACACGAUCCUCGCCAACUCGCGCUUCUUUGGCAACAAUCUGGACCAGGUGCCCAAGAUGGCGCUGACGGUGGGCGUGCAGACGGUGCUCGACGCACGCGAGGUUGUUAUCAUCAUCACAGGGGCACACAAGGCCCCGGCGCUGCAGCGGUGCAUCGAGGGCGGCGUCAACCACAUGUGGACGCUGUCGAGCCUGCAGAUGCACCCGCACCCGAUGAUUGUCGUCGACGAAGACGCAACGCUGGAGCUGCAGGUCAAGACGGUCAAGUACUUCAAGAGCAUCGAGCGCGUGGGCAGCGAGCUAGGCAUGCGCCAGAAGCUCCCCAGAAAGCGCGACUCGCUGGUCGACGAGGGACCCCUGCUAGUCCCCGAGGCCCAAGUCCACGGUAUCAGCCUGGCUGUGCCGCAAUUUGAUCUCUCCCCUUCACCCAGCCCAGUGCUCGAGCCAAUGAACGCCCGCCUGUCAGGCCACGACGAGCCUACUCCUGCUCCACUGCGUUCCAUCGGCCUGGAUGAAGUGGCCGAUCAGCCCUCGGUCCGCAUGAGCGCUCGCGUCGUGGGCUAG